GCGUUCACGAAAGGAACUUCGCCCCCUGUACAAAUGGCGACUUACGGUGAAACACGCUGUAUCGUGUAUAACCCGUAAAGGCUCGUGUCCGGCCCGUUUCUUCUCGUUUCUCCGACGUGGAAAUCAAAAGCUGAGGCACCCGGCGCAGCCGAAAUAUCUAGUUAAACUGACAGGACCGAGAAGAACGCGUGACGUAUCGUCCCGAAUUAGUCGUCCCGAUAAUAAAUAAACGUGCAAAUAAUGGGAAACGUGAUAGCCGCGUCCGCGCCUCCGCCGUCUUACACUCCGCCACCGGGACCCGAAUUGACGCCGAAUUUAGGGAAACAGGAUGUGUCCACGGACGUGUACUCUCCCGCCGAGACGCCCGUUCAGGUCGAGAAUCCGGGUACCAUCGAGGACCUGCACAAAAAGUGCAAAGAUAUAUUUCCUAUAAAUUUUGAAGGAGCAAAAUUGGUUGUAAAUAAGGGAUUGAGCAACCAUUUCCACAUUUCACACACUAUUAAUAUGAGUUCUGUAAUACAGUCUGGCUACAGAUUUGGCGCGACUUAUGUUGGUACAAAACAAAUUUCACCUACAGAGGCAUAUCCUGUAUUGUUGGGGGAUAUUGAUCCAAGUGGAAAUCUUAAUGCUAAUAUCCUUCAUCAGCUUGGUGCAAGACUCAAAGGAAAAUUGGCAGCGCAAGUACAGAGAAAUAAAUUCACAGCUAUGCAGAUGACAGCUGAUUAUAGAGGUGAUGCGUAUACCUGCUCAUUAACAUUAGGCAAUCCGGACAUUCUUAAUUGCUCUGGCGUACUUGUUUUACAUUAUUUACAAAGCUUGACACCAUCACUCGCAUUGGGUGGUGAACUUGCAUAUCAGCGUGGACCUGGUUUACCAGGUGGACAAAUCGCAUUAUUAUCUGCUGCAGGGAGAUAUACAAAUGGUGAUUCCACAUUUAGUGGUAGUCUUAGUCCAUCUGCUUGCCAUCUUUGUUUUCACCAACGAGCUAGUCCACAAUUACAAGUGGGCGUGGAGUUAGAGAUCAAUGCGCGAAUGCAAGAAUCGACGGCGACAAUCGCCUAUCAAGUCGAUUUACCUAAAGCGGAUUUAGUGUUUAAAGGUAGCGUAGAUACGACUUGGACGGUAGGAGCAGUCCUAGAAAAGAGGCUACAACCGUUACCAUUUUCAUUUGCGCUUAGCGGUAUGAUCAAUCACAGCAAGCAGCAAUUCAGACUGGGUUGCGGUCUAAUCAUCGGUUAAAAACGACGCUUGGUCAAGCGAUUUAUGAAGAUGCAGAUUCAAAGUAAAUCGGGAACUCCGCUUUUCUGUGCAGUCGGACAAUCGUGUCAUCUUAAGAUCCACGAUUCCUUUCCGAUCUCAACAACUGGCAUGUCGCGUUUUUUGUUAAAACUAUAUAACUCAUGUUAAGUGAUCGUGUUGAUUUGAUUAAAAAAAAUCUAUGCAGAUUCUCGGAUUGAA